AUACCUCGAUUUAGUCUCGUUUGAUUGUAGUUCUUGUUUAGCUGCACGUUAUAGAAUAAUUGUGUUUAGAAAUAUGGGUGUGUAAUUUAAUUGUAAGAAACAGUUGGUUUGCUCUAAGAUCAGGACUAGUUUAUGGUAUGACUAUGGAGAGUAUUCUAUAACACUAUUACAUAAGAUCUGAGCGAAGUGGUCGUCUCCUUUCCAUUAGAACUAAAACAGAUUACUGAUUAUCUGAAACAUGCAGUUCAUAUUUAUUGUGCUGGUGUCCUCAUUUGUUGUGUUGGCAUAUGGGCAGAGAUCAGUCCCUGUAUUUUUAGAUUAUUCUGCUUUAAAUGGCAGAUUCUUAUCGGAAUCUCAGCCAAAAGAUUCCUAUAUCGGUCAAAUUAGUGCUACUGAUCCAGAUGGUACAAGUGUAAAUUAUUUUAUCGAUGGACAAGGUGGUGAAUAUUUUGCUAUAGACCAAAAAACUGGAAUCGUUACUUUGAAAAAACUUUUGGAUUAUGAAAUAUCUGUGGAGAUCAAGUUAACAAUUAGAGUUGUGGAUGGAGAUGGUCAAACUUCUUCUGUGGAAGGAAAAGUAUUUGUUAAUGAUGCCAAUGACAAUGCCCCUGUUUUUAAUGAUACAGCAAUUUUUCGAAGCCUUCCUGAGAAUACAACUGUUGGCUCAAAAGUAGCUUCUAUUGAUGUCACAGAUGUGGAUACAAAUAAUGCCAUUCUAAAUGUGUCUUGUGUUAGAGCUACUGUCUCUCUGAUUGAGUCCUGCAAUACUUUUGGUCUUAAUAUGACAAAAAACAGCAACAAGUAUUGGAACGGUGAUUUAAUACUUAUCAAACAGCUGGACUAUGAGGAAAAAAUAUCUUACAUCAUUCAGCUAUUAGCUUUUGAUGGUGUCUUCAGUGUAAUCAAUGAAGUCCACAUAGAAGUUUCUGACAUCAAUGACACUCCACCUCGAUGGACAUUGCCUGGACCUAAAACUAUAGAUGAAGAGCUUCCUAUUGGUUUUGUUGUCCAAAAAGUCAGUGCUGAAGAUCCAGAUGUGAAUUCUAAACAUGAUAUUUAUUAUGAGCUCAUAGGCAAUAAUACUGACACUUUUGGUAUCAAUAGUACCAAUGGAAAUAUUUUUGUCAAAAAACGAAUAGAUUAUGAUGAUCCUAACUAUCAGAAAGAAGUUCCAUAUGAUUUAACUAUUAAAGCCAGAGAAAUUUUAGACAAAAACACUCUCUUACUGGGAAAUGAUAGUUCCACCACAUCCACAAUCACCAUCAGGAUUACAGUUCGAGACAUCAAUGACAAUGGACCAGUAUUUAAUCAAAACACAUACGAAGCUUACAUUGAUGAAAACACAAUAGCUGGUGCUAAUGUACCUGUGCUACAGAUGACUGUUACAGAUAUUGAUUCAGGUACCUACAAUACCUUCAGACUAUUUUUAAAUGACUCAACAUUUGGAAUUCUGCCAGAAAUAGAUAGCAGUUUCUCUACAGCAUCAAUGUUUGUCAAAAGCAGUAACUCAAUUGACUACGAAAAAUUACAAACCUAUGUGCUUGUGGUGAAUGCAUCAGACACAGUGGCUCCAUUCUUCUCCAGCUCAGCCACUGUUACUAUUCAUGUGAGGGAUGUCAAUGAUAUUACUCCUACCUUUAGCCAACUAAGUUAUCAAACUUCUAUUUCUGAAUUAACGGCAAUGGGAUCAUCUAUUAUCAAAAUAGUGGCCACUGAUUCUGAGCAGGGACUCUUUGGUACAGCAGGAAUAGUUUACUCUCUCUUUGGAAAUAUUCCUCCACACUUUGCAAUAAAUCCUAAAUCAGGGGAUGUUACUGUGGCUUCGUGUAAUGGGAAUGUUGGUGUUGGACCAGAAUGUAUAGACUAUGAAAGAAAAAAAGUCUACAGUUUAACUGUAUCAGCAACUGACAAUAAUGGCAAUGGUUUAACUCGGUCUGUACCUCUGGUUAUCUACAUCUUAGAUGAGAAUGAUAAUGUUCCUAAACUAGAGACCAGUUAUGUCCGAUGGAUAUAUGAAGGACAGACAGUCACAAUAAACCCACUCAUUAUCAAUGCAACAGAUCCUGACAGUGUUGGGGGUCCACUCAGAUACUACAUAGAAAGCGACAGCUCAAAUCUAUGGCAGACACCAUUAUUGGUAGAUUCAACUAAUCAUACAUAUGCCAACAUCACAGCUCUAAGAGCUGUCCGUUACUCUGAUACCAUAAAUGGAGCCUUCAAUUUCGUUGUUAGAGUAAGAGAUGCUAAAAAUGAAGUUGCUUCCCCUGUCACUAUUUAUGUUAUUGAUGUAAACAACAAUGCACCAGUAUUUAUCUCAUCAAGUUUUAUUGAGAACAUUUACGAAAACACUAAGGGAGAUACCUUUGUGAUUACUGUGACUGCCAGUGAUGCUGAUUCUUACACUACUGGAAAUGGUCAGAUAGACAUUUCCAUACAAUCUGGUGCCUUGGGAAAGUUUACUGUCAAAAAUGUUGCACUAAAUAAUGUGACAGGUUUUUAUACUGCGGAUAUUUACACAACCCCUGAUGCUAUUUUUAAUUAUGACAAUCAAAAACAGUAUGUAAUGCAGCUGCUUGCAAGAGACAGAGGUACACCAUCUUCAAAGUUUGGCACAUCUACUUUGACAAUAAAUAUUUUAGAUAUCAACAACAGGGAUCCCAGAAUAAACCCACUGUCACAGUCAGUCACUGUGUCAGAAAAUACACCAAUUGGUACAUCCGUCUAUACAAUAUUGGCUGAAGAUCCUGAUGCUGGCAGCAGGUUGAAGUAUUAUUUUACACCAGAGAAGGCAAAUGAUGGCACAGGAAAUGUUGCAACAUCUACAGUUUAUGAUUUCAGGACAAUGUUCAGAAUUGAUUCUGACAAUGGUCGCAUAUUUGUCAAUUCCACCUUGGAUAGAAAGAGUGUAGCUAGGAUCACUUAUUCUGUAAGAGUGCAAGAUGUGGCUGCCAAUCCUGUACAAAAUGGAACUGGGUCAUUUUUGAUCUACAUCCUUGAGUACAAUGACCAUGCACCAAGGUUUGACCUCCCACUGUAUAACAUUAGCAUUGAUGAAGAACAAAAUGUCAAUGCCUUUGUGGUCAAUUUAAACUGUCGAGAUGAUGAAGAUAAAAUAUCUGGCUAUACACUGACCCAAACUAGUCCAAGACUUCCUCAAUACUUUUCUUUGAUACCAGGAUCAGGUGCAAUGAUUGUGUCUGAACGAAUUGAUUUUGAAAAAAUUGAAACAAUAGAGCUGAUUGCAACAUGUACUGACAAUGGACAACCCAACUUAUCGAAUACAACCAGAGUUCUUGUCAAUGUUAUCAACAUCAAUGACAAUUCUCCAAUUUUUGAUCAGCCUAUUUAUAGGAUAUAUAUAUAUGAAGGAACCUACAGUGGUCCUCUGAACUUGACUGUCAAUGCAAAAGAUAUAGACAAAGGUGACUACGGUGUGGUCCGCUAUGAAAUCCCAGAUAAAACUGUUAACUUCACCAUUAAUAGCACCACUGGAGAGAUCUACUUUGUUCCCAAUUCCAUGUUUGACAGAGAAACCAAUGCACUAGUAAGCUUUCAGGUCACAGCUUAUGACAGUCCUUUGAAUUCAGCAGUGAGAAGGAACACCACUGUUGCUGUGUAUGUCUACAUCAUGGAUGUCAAUGACAAUUGUCCAGAAUUCUCUCAGAAAUCAUAUUUUGGUAAAGUGCCUGAGAGUGCAGGACCUGGCACUAAUGUCCUUGACCUUUCUGUAACUGAUAAAGACAUUGACAUUAACGGGCAAUUUGAUCUUGCUAUAAAACCUAACAGUUUCAUACCUGCAGGUGCAGAGUCAUUGUUUGCACUUGGCAGCAAUCGUGUCAUUGUGGCCAACAGCCUAAGGACCAAAGCUGGAAACUACUCCUUCUAUGCCACUGCUACAGACAAGGCCACAACUAACCGGUGCACUAGGGAAGUCCCUGUGACCAUUCAGGUCCUAGUGUCCCUUAAUGAUGCCCCCAUCUGGGUGAAACCACCCAAUCGAGAUUUUGUCAUUAGUGUUUUGGAGAGUCAGUAUGAUGGCAUGUUAGUGUAUGGAGCCAAGGCUGUAGAUAACAACACUGGACCCAAUGGUAUUGUUGACUACUUCUUUGUGGUCAACCAGAAUGAGCUUGUGUCAGCCACUCCAGAAUUUAGAAUCAACCAAGUAACUGGAGUGAUUCGUGCGGAGAUAGUGUAUGACAGAGAACGAAGAGACAGCUAUUUUUUGACUUUAAUGGCCAAAGAUCGAGGCACACCAUCAGCUUCCUCAGAGACAACUAUCACUGUCAUUAUAUUAGAUGUUAAUGAUAAUGAUCCGGUUUUCCCAAUGAAGGAUGGUGUUGUUACACCCCUUGUCUUGCCUGAUGCAGCCUAUGAUAUUGGAGAGAAUGUUGUGAUUCCUAGUGGUGGUUUGAAAUUAGGUACUUGCAAUGCAACGGAUGCUGAUUCUGACACUGCCAACAACAAAAUCUAUUACAAAAUUCUGAGUGACCAAGUCAACAUACUGGACUACAUACAUGUCAACAAUGCCACCUGUGACAUUUACUUAAUCAAGAAACCUGACUAUGAAACAUCUCCUGAACUUUAUUUCAACAUCUAUGCUUACAAUGAGAAAAACAAUGACAGAGUCAUCAGAAACAAACGAGAUGUGGAUCCAAGUAUAUUGCCAGUUAUUGUCAGGAUCAAAGACAGCAAUGACAACCCUCCAGUAUUCACUCAGAGUUCUUAUUAUGAAUGUGUUACAGUGGAUGCCCCAUUCAAUGACAAUAUCUUAGAAGUGUCUGCAACUGAUAAAGAUACAGGAACCACUAUUGUAUAUGGCUUGAGUGGUACAUCUGCCUUCACUAUUGAUCCUGACCUGGGCAUUAUCUCUAAUGUGAUUUCAUUUCAAGGUUCCAAUGUACCAACAAGCUACUCAUUCAAAGCGGUUGCUUCAGAUGGAUUGUUCAAUACCACUGCUGAUAUUACAAUUGUUGUAGCUUCCUCUUCAAAUCUUGCAAGCAUGAAAGUCAACAGACCAUUACAGGACAUAGAACCAUUCAAACAACAGAUUGCUAAAUCAAUUACAGAUUCAAAUUCAAACAAAAUCAAAUUUGCUUGCAUUGUGGACAUGAAGAGUCAUGUGGAGGAUGAUGGGACAUUGAAUGCACAAGUCUCUGAUGUUCUGGUUGCUGCUGUCAAUCCAAGUACAGGCCAGUUGUAUUCAGCUCCAGACUUGGUUUCAAUUAUCCAGAGUGACAAAAAUCAAGCCAACUCUGUGUACAAUGCUAUCUACGUGACAGAUGUGAAGGCAGAUCAACCAAAAGAUGGAUUUAGUCUCAAGGAGGAUGCUGUAUUGGCUAUACUUAUUAUAACAAUUUUACUCAUUUUCCUGGCAAUCCUUUUGUUUAUUAUUGCCUGCCUGUGCAUUAGACGUUCAAAAAAAAAGAAGACUAAACAGUAUCAGUCCAAGUCAUUGGUCUAUCCACCUCAGCCUGUGGAGCCAAGUCAUAACCCUGUCUAUGUUAGAGAUGUCCAACCAGAGGACAUGUACACAUUGCCCAAGAAAGUUCCAAUCCAUCAUGUGGAGGAGACCCACAUGGUAGUUGUACCUCCAGUGAUAGUACCAGCUGAAGAGGAACUAGUGUAUCCUCCACCAGAGCCUGUAAGAAACUACCUGAACACUGAGCCAGAACCAUUCAUUGAGACAGAACUGGAACCUUUCCAUGUCCAGCAUUUGCCACCACCUCAACCACUAGAACCAGAAUAUGAGCCAGAGUUUGAAGAUAAGUUGGUGACUGAAGUCAUAGAUGACGAUUUACCUGCUCCUAUUCUAGAAGGUGAAAUAGAAACAGAGAUAAGAGAUUCACCAGCCUCUAGUGCAUUACCAAGUCCUGCUGGCAGCAGGAAGAGUAACUCUAGCUAAACCAGUUAGGAGAACUUAACUCUGUAAAUACACCAGCCUCCAGAUGUAGCCUUACUUCCAUUAUUUAUCUUAAACACAUUGUAUGAAGGUGUGCUGUUAGACUCUUGUUGCAAGAUAGUUUCUUUUUUUCUUUGAAUGGUAGAAAAAAAAAUCCAAUGUAACAUUGUAAGAAAAAAUAAUUUAAAAAGAAUCCUUAUUUUUAAUUCAAAUUAUUUAUGGUAUUUCUAGAUAAAAGGUGUACAGACAUAUGUAAUUCAAGUUAGUCAAAGCAUUUUGUACAAGUCAGUAUAGGUAUUUUAGUAAUUUUGUGUAUACAGUUAUAAUAAACUAUUAGAUCCAAAGUUUGUAUCAACAAUGUUCUUUGGUACAUUUGGAUGUUUGUUGAAAGAAGAUUUGGAGAAAUGAGAGUGAGAGAGUAAAAAUGAUUUCUCAUUUCCCAGACAUUUAUUUUACCUCAUCGCUGUCACUGUCUUUCUUGUAGACUUCCAGACAGGAUCAUUCAUUUUUCAGAUGGCUAAUUAUUCAGUUAAUGUGCUCUCAUAUUUUUGUUGUUUUAUUGGUAGACAUGCAACAUAAAGGUCUUAAAAUGGGGAAGGAGAUGUUAACCAGCUCUCAAUAGCUUGUACUAUCAUUUUCUUUAGAUGUAUUGUUGCUGUUACAUUAUCCAAUCUUAACAAUGUUGAUACUUUGUUUUGAAAAAAACAACUGUUUCUCAAGUAUUUAUGUUUACUUCUGUGACACAUUGGUUGUGACAAGGUUAAAUGUUAACAUGUAUAUUUAUUAUUUGAUUUACUUUGAUAAUGUAUUUACAUUUUUGAACUUCAUACCUGGAUAUUCAAAACUUUUGAUAGAAAUAAUUCUAUAUUAAAAAUGAAUUUCUUUGAA